GAAGAAUAAAAAACGGGGUUACUAGUCACUCGGGCGGUUGCCAAAAAAAUGUAUUAAGCUUUAUUAUUCAAUAAGUGUGGACUUUGUUGAUUUCUAAUAACAGUUCAUUUGCUUUUUAUUCAAGCACAAACGUCCAGAUGGCGAAAAAUACCAAGACUCCAGCCAUGGUGCUGCAAGAACUGACCGUAAAACUGGCUUUAGCACCCCCAACUUACGAGAUAACAAACUGUCGAAGUGGAACUCACGACAACAGAUUCGAUUACGUGGUCAGAGCUGCAGGGAUAGAGGCUUUCGGGACUGGCUCUUCGAAACAGAUAGCAAAACAUGAUGCAGCUCAAAACGCACUCGCUAAGUUGAAGGACUUGAACAUAUAUAACCCAUCCGAGAUUCCCGUUCAGGAGUUUAAAGUGGCAACAUCUUAUGCCCCACCUGGUAGCCCCUUUAAACGUUCUCCCAAUUGCAUAGGACCUUUGAAAGAUAUGUGUGCAGAAAACAAAAUCCCAGAUCCCAUUUUCACACUCAGAUCGGAUGUGGGUCCGCCGCAUUGCAGAGAGUUUACUUAUGAAUGCAAAGUUGCCUCCAUCACAACUGUUGCCACAGCUAAUACCAAAAAAAUGGCAAAACAAAUAGCUGCACAAGAAAUGAUGACAAAGAUUAAAGAUGUUUUACCAGAGCUGGUAGAAAACUACCCUCGUAAAGAAGACACCCUCCUGGCCCUCCCAUCGAUAGAAUCCACUGAAAAGGCUAUUGGGAGGUACGAAGAACUGUUUGACGAUGUGGUUAUCGAUAAAACUGUGAAAGUCUCGGACUUUGCAAACUGUUUCAAAAAACAAAUGAAUGAAUACGAAAAAUCCAUCGAUGACUUCGAAGAAGAUUUGAAGGAAAGAACUGUGGAAGCACUAGCAAGGAUUCUCGAUAAGAUUGGUCUCAAAUUUACAAGCCGCGUCAUUCAGGACAAGCCUACUGUCAUAUGCCUUGUCGUUAAUAGUGAUUCGCCAUUCACAACCAUUGGAUUUGGAAAAACAGAUCAGGAGGCCUUUGGAAUGGCUGUAAGCAAUGCCUUUGAAAUACUCGAUCUCUAUUUGAGGCUUUAGUACUUUUUUAUGUAACCUGCAAAUGUGUUAUUUAAGGGAGGGAUCCCUUUAUUCACAGAGGUUCACAUUUUUGCAACCUUUCAAUUUGUUUCCUACCUUUUUUUUUAGGAAUACUGUUAUUAUUGAGUUUUAUUUUGUUGGCGGUAUCAGAAAGGAGAUAUGAGGCAGCGUUGACGGUUCUGAAAUGAGCUUAUUUUAGAAAGUGAAUAAAGACUUUAUUUUCA